GUAUCAUAUAGUGCAUCUUCUUGCAUUACAUAUCCAAAACCAAAAAUUGAAUAAUAUGUCGACAGAAGUCUCCGUCUCCUUCUCCCUACACCGCCAGCUCUACCAUCAUCGCCGCCACCACUCCUCCGCCGCAGACCACCAUCCAUGUUACUCUUUCCUCAAAUUUCCCAAGGCACGUAACAACCUUUCUCUCUCAUCUCCCCACUUUCCGUUCCCAUCAUCUUCCCCAUCCUCACUCCAAAACCCACUUGAGGCUGACCGUUCUCUAACCAACUCAUCCUCGCUCCAGAACCUACUUCAGACAGAGCGUUUUCUAACCAAGGACGAGCUCGUAAACCUCGAUCUCCUCUCGAAUUACAGCUACCAUCAGCAAUUAGAAUCUGGGUUCUUGUGGGUCCGCGUGAUGCGGGAUGAGGAACUGGACAUGACCGUAACCUUGCUGUCCGAGUCCUUUGCCGAGUCGAUGAUGAUGGCGACUUCUGGUUAUCAGAAAUUGCUCGAGUUCUUGGUGAAAAAUUACCUCCUCGAGAGGAGGGGGAUGAUGCCCCACAAUGCGACGCUUUUAGGGAUUUACAGGGAAAAUGGGGAAGAGGAUUUCGAGCUUGCGGGGACUGUGGAGUUGACUUUUGACCGAAAGGGGGCCAAUGUGAAUCCUCCAACGCCUAAGCCGCCCAAGGAUUCGCCUUACAUAUGUAACAUGGCUGUGAGAAAGCCGUUUAGGAGGUUUUUGAGAGAUUUGGUUUGGAAGAGUGAUCUUAGAUUAGGCUGGAAAAAAACAAACUCAUAUUCUAGUUUGAAAAAAUGUGGAUUUCUGCUUCUAAUUCCUGGUUUGCAUUUAAUCGGAAUUGAAAUGCAGGCGAAGGCUGAAAGGAGAGGCAUUGGCUGGCACCUGCUGAAAGCCAGUGAGGAGCUUAUUACGAAAAUGGGUUCCUUGAGAGAGGUCUAUCUGCACUGCAGGAUGAUUGAUGAAGGCCCUUUCACCAUGUACACAAAAGCUGGAUAUAGCAUUGUUGAGACAGACAGCAUCUUGACAUGGCUAACAUUGCAGAGGCGUAGACACUUGAUGCGCAAAGAACUUCCCGUCUCUGAUUUUGCUUCUGAAAUAGAAUUUCCCAUUGCAAAUUCGACAGAUGUGUAGAAAUGACAUUUCCGAGAUAAAAGUUGGUUUAGACCGUGUCUUAAAUGUACAUGAUGCAGCUUGUUUAAUAGUGCAAUUAUUUGCUGCAUGUUGUUGUUGUGCACUAUACGCGAUUGGAUUUAUAAAAUAUACCUUUGUUUAGAGAAGUUCGUUUGAAGGAUGGUGGUCAUCUGUGAAAACAGGUUCUGUUUUAAUUUUCCACAUUUGAUGGUGUUUCUCUAGAUAUGUCAAUUAUGCUGAUCAAUCAUGAAUGAGAUGUCAUGUUCCAGUGUG